AUGAUAAUUAAUUUGUUAAUCUCACAAAGUUCUCGAACCUCGAGGACAACGUACUCGAUGUCUUACUCCAAACUCGAAAGCAUUGAAUUCGGGCCCAACAAUUGGUGUUUGAAGCUUCAGCCAAUAUAUAAUUCGGGUUUGCUGACUUCCUUAAGCAAUGGAAGGGUUGAGCUAAUUGACUGGGCUACCCAUAAAUCAAUUCUGCAAAUUCAAACUCAUGCUACAUCGGUCAAUGACAUGGUUAUCAUUAACAAUGAUCGAAUGAAUGGGAGCUUAAUUGCAACUGCAGCAGAGGAUGCUGUCAAGAUUUAUGAUCUGAAAUCAAACGAUUGCGUAGCAACUCUCAAAAAUGGAAAAUCUGCCCCAUUUCUCUCACUUGACUCGAGACAUGGUUUACUUGGCUGUGGGACAGAGCUCUCCGGAGUUGAUGCAGAGCUGCAUGUAUAUGACAUCAGGUCUUGGCAGCAGCCUCUGAGGUCGCUUGUAGAUUCACACCAUGACGACAUCACGAGUAUCAAGUUUCAUCCCAGUGAUCCCAAUGUCCUGUUGAGCGGAUCUACAGACGGCUACGUUAACAUCUACGACUUGACUCAGCAGGAGGAAGACGACGCUCUUCAUCAGGUCAUCAACUUUGCAUCCAUUCAUUCUUGCGGAUGGUUGUCGCCUAAGCGAAUUUACACUCUUUCGCAUAUGGAAACCUACGGUAUUCACGAACUCAAUGACAAGCGUGACGAACCUACUGAGCCUAAACCUGUCGACUUUGGUGACGUCAGAAAGCCUUGGGACUGCAAUUACGUUAUCGACGUUUACCCCGGGUUCAUUGCGACAGGAAAAUCUGAGGAAGGACGCGGUGAGUUGAAGCUGAUACCUUUAGAUCACGAGAAACCUGAACUACAGUCGGCAAUAACUAUUCCGUCCGCACAUGAUGAUGAAGUGGUCAGAGACGUUCUUGUCCCGUUCCAGCAUGAGGACCUUCUAUACUCAUGCGGAGAGGAUGGGAGUCUUAAAGUGUGGAAAUCCAGUGCCGGACCACUAAACGUCCCACAAGAAUUUUGGCAGUACUCUGAGAAGAUCGACGUCUUCAGCGGUACCGUGGCUGAAGUUGAGAUGAUGGACUCCGAGGUACCAGACAUUGAGCUCCGUCAAGAACCUAGUGAUGUUGAUGCAGUGUCAAAGGAUCAGGAUGAAAAGAGAAAACGUAAGCACGAACGCCGCUCCAAAGAUAAGAGCAAGAGCAAAACAAAGAGCAGCUCCAAAGAUCAUAGAUAUCAACCUUACUAG